AUGCCCACCUUCCGCGCCCCCUCCGACAGCGCCAGCCUCUUCUACCGAUACUACCUCCCCUCCACCGACCGCCCACACCGUCCCUCGCCCACCUCCCCCUCCCGCCAACCCCUCACCCUCGUCUUCCUCCACGGCUGGCCCAUGUCCUCCCGCAUGUACGACCAACUGAUCCUCCCGCUCGUCGAAACCCACCGGUACCCCGUCAUCGCGCCCGACCGCCGCGGGUUUGGCCGAUCCGACUGGGCGGGGCCCAACACGGCGCCUGAGAAUGCGGGGGAGGUGUCGUAUGACACCUUUGUUAGCGAUGCCGUCGCGCUGCUGGAGCAUGUUUUUGCUUCUGCGGCGAAAUAUGCGCAUGGCGCGCCGGGGGAGUUUGUGUUUGUGGCGGCGAGCAUGGGAACGUCGGAGUCGGUGCUAUUGCGGAAUGCGAGUAAGGGGUUGAGGGAGAAGUGCAAGGGCUUUGUGUGGUUGGGACCUAACAUGCCGUAUUGCAUUGCAAGUGAGGAGUGUGGGACGGCCACGCCGGUGGAGGUGUGGGAUCAGUUGAUUCAGGGGUUUCGCGGGAAGGGACAUAAGGACUUUAUUCAUGAGGCGUUUCCGGGGAAUUUCAGGGCAGAUUUGCCGGGGAAUGAGAUGAGUGCCGUGACGCUGGGUUUUUUUGAGCGGCUAGUGCAGGAGGCGGAUCCCAUCGCGGUGGAGAGGUGUGCGGUGAUUUUGCAGAAGCCGAUGGCCGCGGAGUUGAAGGCGUGGGGGAAGAAGGCGGAGACGGAGGAGGGGGAGAGGGUGCCGGUGUUAGUGCUGCAUGGAGAUUCCGAUACGGGGACACCCAUUGAGGCCAGCUCGUUGUUGGUCAAGGAGAUUUUGCCGUGGAGUGUGCUGAAGGUGUAUAAGGGUGCGGGGCAUGGACUCUAUUUGACGCAUGACGAGCAGGUCAUCAAGGACAUGCUCGAGUUCCUCGAGCCGAUUGUGGCACAGUUAAAGCAGUAG